CAUUUCAUGGUAAAGUCUACACCUGUUGUAUGUGACAAAUACAUUUUGAAGUCAAUUUGAUUUGGUUUCUCUAUAAGAGGGAUAUUAAGGUGUAAUAACACUGUCCGGUGGUUAUUGUGUCUGUCUUCCUCAGGGGGCUCCCUUGCGGGGGGGUUGUAACUGACAAAACAUGCCGAGCAUGUUGGGCGGUGGUGUGAGAAUACGCGCUCUGCACCGGGGCCAUGAUUCAUUCACGAGCCCCCUUCACCAUUUAACACCGGACAGCUCGAGGAGGUGGGACUUCGAAUGGCAGAGAAGCGACGCUCUCCGUGCACUCUGAGCGUCAAGGCGCACGCGUUCUCGGUCGAAGCUCUGAUCGGGUCGGAGAAGAGACGGAAGCUCGGGGAGGACGACACUAGGGUGUGCUUUCUCGAGGAGGUCACGGAGGUGUUGGAGCUGCCCAGUAACGGAGGGGAGAGAGAGGAGAGGGCGUGCAACCGCGCCAGCGACCGGGGCAGUGAGAUAGAGUGCGUUAGUGACGGCUCGCUGGAGAGCUGUGACGUGCUGUUGGAAAGCCCCCACCCAGAGGCCCAAGCCCAGCGCGCGCCACCGGUAACAGUAACGGUUCCCGGAGAGGAGAUGCGCGUGGACUUGCAGGGCUCCGACCUGUGGAAACGGUUUCACGAGAUCGGUACAGAGAUGAUAAUCACGAAGGCUGGCAGACGGAUGUUCCCCGCUAUGCGCGUGAAGAUCUCGGGUCUGGACCCACACCAGCUGUACUACAUUACCAUGGACAUUAUCCCCGUGGACAACAAACGAUACAGGUACGUGUACCACAGCUCCAAGUGGAUGGUCGCGGGAAACGCGGACUCCCCAGUGCCGCCGCGUGUAUACAUCCACCCGGACUCUCCGGCUUCCGGUGAGACUUGGAUGCGUCAGGUGAUCAGCUUCGACAAACUCAAACUGACCAAUAACGAACUGGAUGACCAGGGACAUAUCAUCCUCCACUCCAUGCAUAAGUACCAACCGCGAGUGCAUGUGAUUCAUAAGGAGCGUGGCGAGGAGCUGUCUCAUGUUAGAGCCGUUCCCCAGGGAGACGGAACCAGAACACUCAGCUUCCCAGAGACCACCUUCACCACUGUCACCGCAUACCAGAACCAACAGAUCACCAGGUUGAAGAUUGACAGGAACCCAUUUGCUAAAGGCUUCAGAGACUCAGGCAGAAACCGGAUGGGUCUGGAGGCUCUAGUAGAAUCCUACGCUUUCUGGCGUCCGUCUCUAAGAUCCCUGACAUUUGAAGACAUCUCUGGAAUUAAGCAAGGUGCCCCGGGGCCCCAUGGAGGUGUUGGAUCGCCUCACCUGCUCUCCUCCUCUCCUUGCUCCUCCCCCUUCCAGGUGUGGCCUCUCUCUCCCCCGGACUACACCUGCAGCCGGCCGACACACACACCCCUACAUCGCUACAGUAACCUCCCCGAGCCUUUCCCCUCUCCUACGUCGCGAGGACCGUCAGCCUAUGACAGUGAAGGAUUCUGCUCUAUGUCCCUCCCUCCCUCUCAGAUUGGCUAUCUACAAAACCCUGCCCACCAGGGUUACGGAAGUCUCCGCCUCCACUCCCCCCCUUACGGUCUCUACGGUUACGCCUUCCCCCCCUCCCCCCGCCUCAUUGCCAGCCCAGACAAGAUGGCGGCUGCUUCUGCCGCUGCAGCCAAUCAGAACGCUUUUCUCGGCUCCUCACCCAGCGGAACCCUGGCGGACAGUCUGGGCAUGCUCAGUGGAGGCCAGCAUGCCAACUUCCUGUUUGACUCUCGGACGCUGGGAAUGGCUGGCAGCCAGUCAGGGGGAGGGGCUUCACAGGUCACUACCCACAUGGGCUGAGAAAUACUCCGACCCUGACCCCCAGGGUUGCUUUCGCAAAUAGCUGCUUCUCCGGGUAGGACAUGGGUUUGGAACUCUGGAAUAAAUCACCAGCCAAUGAGGAUUGAUGAGACAUCUCACGGACCUAUGAGGAGAGAGAGAGGAAACAGAGCGAGACAGCUUUGGUGACGUUUGUGUGAGCGCUAAGAAAGAUAAAGAGAGAACGUCAAACUCCGCUGACUAAUGGGAUAUUGUUGUUGUUGUUGUUUGUAAGUAUGUUAUUAAAGGACUAAAUAAACAGAAGCUUCUGAGAGACUGAAACAGCUGCGUUGGAGGAGAUCUGGGGGUCUGAUACAAGUCUGGAGACCUGAGAGAAUAAACACACCCACCAACAAGCCCCGGAGCUGGAGAUUCAACAUCUGGAAGAAUCGGGAAAUAAACACUAUGAACACUU